CGGGCUGGAGCCGCCUCUGCCCAACGCCCCCAUCGCUCGGCCGGCCCUGCCGGGGGCUGAGAGCGGGGCAGGGGCGGAGACCGAGGGACCGGCCAGGGGACAGGAGCAGCGGCAGCCGGGACACGGGCACAGCGAGCGGGGGGGACACGGAGAGCCGUGGAAUAUCGGGAACCGAGGAGACACGGAGAGAGAGCGGCGGGGACACGCGGCUACCGCACAGGAGCGCAUCGGGGCAGCCCUGCCCCUCUCUCUGCCCCUCUCCCUGCCCCUCUCUCUGCCCCUCUCCCUGCCCCUAUCCCUGCCCCUCUCCCUGCCCCUCUCCCUGCCCCUAUCCCUGCCCCUCUCCCUGCCCCUCUCCCUGCCCCUCUCCCUGCCCCUCUCCCUGCCCCUCUCCCUGCCCGCUCCCUGCCCCUCUCCCUGCCCCUCUCUCUGCCCCGCUCCCUGCCCCUCUCCCUGCCCCUCUCCCUGCCCCUCUCCCUGCCCCUCUCCCUGCCCCUCUCCCUGCCCCGCUCCCUGCCCGCUCCCUGCCCUCGCCCUGCCCCAGGCUCGAUGCGGGCCGGCGCUGGCCAUGGAGAAGCUGUACCUGGCGGGGAGCAGCACCUGGACCAUCAACAGCUCCCUGGGGAACGGCAGCCUGCGGCUGGAGAACCUGAGCGCGGGCAGGAACAGCAGCGCCGACCCCCUGAAGAGGAACGAGGACAUGGCCAAGGUGGAGGUGACGGUCCUGUGCCUCAUCCUGUUCCUGGCCCUGACCGGCAACCUGUGCGUGCUGCUGGCCAUCCACACCACCCGCCACAAGCACUCCCGCAUGUACUUCUUCAUGAAGCACCUGAGCAUCGCUGACCUGGUCGUGGCCAUCUUCCAGGUGCUGCCCCAGCUCAUCUGGGACAUCACCUUCAGGUUCUACGGGCCGGAUUUCCUCUGCCGCUUGAUCAAGUACCUGCAGGUCGUGGGGAUGUUCGCUUCCACCUACAUGCUGCUGCUGAUGUCCCUGGACCGCUGCUUGGCCAUCUGUCAGCCACUGAGGUCCCUGCACAGGAGAGCCGACCGGGUCUCUGUCCUCCUCACCUGGCUGCUGUGCCUGCUGGUCAGCAUCCCUCAGAUCCACAUAUUUUCUCUCAGGGAUGUGGGGAAUGGGGUUUAUGACUGUUGGGCAGAUUUCAUCCAGCCCUGGGGACCGAAAGCCUACGUUACCUGGAUCACCCUCAUGGUCUAUAUCAUCCCCGUGCUGAUGCUGAGCAUCUGCUACGGCUUAAUCAGCUUCAAAAUCUGGCAGAACGUGAAGCUGAAGACGGCGCAGGGGCCCAGCGCGGCUCUGGGCUCAGGCUCCCGCGGGGGGAUGGUGUUUGCCAGGGUCAGCAGCACCAGGCUCAUCUCUAAAGCCAAGAUCCGCACAGUCAAAAUGACCUUCAUCAUCGUGCUGGCCUUCAUAGUGUGCUGGACCCCCUUCUUCUUCGUGCAGAUGUGGUCGGUGUGGGACACCAACGCCCCGCAGGAAGCCUCCCCGUUCAUCAUCGCCAUGCUCCUGGCCAGCCUCAACAGCUGCUGCAACCCCUGGAUCUACAUGCUCUACACCGGGCACCUCUUCCACGACCUGAUGCGCCGCUUCCUCUGCUGCUCCGCGCGCUACCUCAAGUCGCGGCCGGCGUGCGAGCUGAGCAAGAAGAGCAACUCCUCGUCCUUGGCGCUCAGCUGCAGGAGCCCGAGCCAGAGGAGCUUCGUGCAGCCGCCCCCGACGUGAGGCCGUGGCAGCGGCACCCCGAGUCCGCCGCGCUGCGCCGGUGCUGCCCUGCGGAGCGGGGCCGGCCAAGGAGGGUUUAUAAAUAGGUGUAAAUACGGCUGUAAGCAUGCACAGAGGGCUUAUUUAACCGAGACGGGAGUGCGGCAGGAAUUCUGUGCCCAGGGUUCGGUGCUGCCUGGAUCGCACAGCAGGAACCCGCCCUGAGCCCCGAACCCCCGAGCAGCGGCUCGUGGACGGGAGGGACAAACGGAGCCGUGCUCUGGGGCGGGUGCGGUGCAUCCCUGCGGGAUGGAAGGGGGGCUGCGGCACAGGGGGUGGGUGUCACCCGGGUACGCGGCUGGCACUGUCCCAGCUCCUCCUGCAGCGGGAUCCCGCAGGGUUUCAGCGCCUGGCACCGCCUGGCACCGCCUGGCACGGCCUGGCACCGCCUAGAACCGCCUGGCACCGCGCUCUCUGCCCAGGAGCGCUGCCUUCGCCUGCAGCCUGCGGGGCACAGACAGCCCUGCAGCCCUACAAUGUGCCAGCCCUGCACUGCGCCAGCCCUGCACCAUGGCAGCCUUUCAUUGUGCCAGCCCUGCACUGUGCUAGCCCCGCACCGUGCCAGCACCGCACCGUGCCAGCCCUGCAGCCCCACAGCCCUGCAGCCCCGCAGCCCUGCACUGUGCCAAACCUGCAGCCCCGCAGCCCUGCACUGUGCCAAACCUGCACUGUGCCAACUCUGCAGCCCCACAGCCCUGCGCCGUGCCAGCCCCGCACCCUGUGCCCAGGGGGUGCAGACAGUCCCGGGCGCCUGGGGCUCGGCUGGCGGGGAUCGGGCAGUGCCCCUGGCCGAGGGGUCCGGGCUGCCCCCCGGGCUCUCUCACUGUCCCCAAGGCCGGGCUUGGCUCCGGGCUCGCCGCGGAUCCACCAAGUGUCGCACGGCCCCAGCGCCUUCCGCUUGCUCUGCAGCGCACGGGGCAUGCCCGCGGCAUGGGUUUUUAUUGUUACCAAAUACUGUAAAUAAAGUUUUCUGACUGUG